AGACAUGCGAGUUCUCGCGGGAACAAUUUUCAAAAAGAACCCCGGCUCUUUAGCAGUGGUUCUGCUGAAUGAACAGGACGGUUUUUCUGUGCUGAGGUGGAUGUAGUGUCACGAAUCCGGGCGCCCAGAGCUUUCUGGACGGGCCUCUGGUUGCAGCAGCUGGGAGGUGUGAGGAGGGAGUAGACUGAGAACAGCAAGCAUGGAGGCAGAUAUCAUGGAUCUCCGAAACAAACUCAAAGAGUGUGAAAAGGAGCGACUGAAAGCUGCACAGUAUGGCCUGCAGCUGCUGGAGAGGCAAACGGAACUGCAGAAUCAAUUGGAUAAGUGUCACGAGGAAAUGAUGACCGUGACAGAGAAUUAUAACCAAGAGAAGUAUGCUCUACAAAGAGAAGUUGAGCUCAAGAGUCGGAUGUUGGAAAGUUUGAGCUGUGAAUGUGAAACUUUGAAACAACAGCAGAAGACGCAGCUGGAGCAGCUGGAAAUGCAGCUGAACAGAAGCCACAGGCAGGAAGUGAGCGGCCUGAAAAACAAGUUAGAGAAACUGAAAGUGGAACUAGAUGAAGCAAGGUUAAGUGAAAAGCAGCUGAAGCAGAAGCUGGAUCACCAAGAGGAAGUUCUCGCUCGCAAAUCGGAAGAGCUCCGGCUAAUGUCUGAGCAGCGCAUGGGCAAUAGCAUGUCUUCGGAGGUGCUGGCUCUUCAGAUUGAGCUAACUGAAAUGGAAGGUGUGAAGGCUGCUCUCAAGGAAGAGGUGGAUGAACUGCAGUACAAACAAGAGCAACUGGAAUGCUUCAAUACUUCCUUAAUGCACCAGGUAGACCGGCUUAAAGAAGAAAAAGAGGAGCGAGAGAAGGAAGCGGUGUCGUAUUAUAACGCCUUAGAGAAAGCUCGCAUAGAAAAUCAAGAUCUUCAGGUGCAGUUGGGUCAUGCCCUUCAGCAAGCCUUGGAUCCCAACAGUAAAGGAAACUCCUUGUUUGCAGAGGUGGAGGAUCGGAGGGUGGCUAUGGAACGCCAGCUCAACUUGAUGAAAGUCAAGUAUCAGUCAAUGAAGAAGCAAAAUGCAUUCACCAGAGAGCAGAUGAACAAAAUGAAGUUACAAAUCUCCACAUUGCUGAGGAUGAGGGGAUCUCAAACCGAAUUUGAGCAGCAGGAACGGUUGUUUGCCAUGUUGGAACAGAAGAAUGGUGAAAUAAAAGACCUUUUAGGUGAAAUUAAAAAUCUGGAGAAAUUUAAGAACUUAUAUGAAAGUAUGGACUCUAAGCCUUCCACAUCAGCCAGCCCUGGUACUCUAGAAGACAGCACCUAUUAUGCAGAUUUACUUCAGCUAAAGCUUGAUAAGUUAAAAAAAGAAAACGAAGGCACAAAGGGUGAACUGUCCAUACAGAGAAUGAAGGCGUUAUUUGAGAGCCAGCGGGCCCUGGAUAUCGAGCGGAAACUGUUUGCAAAUGAAAGGCACCUUCAGCUUACAGAAAGUGAAAACAUGAAGCUGAGAGCUAAGCUAGAUGAAUUAAAGCUGAAGUAUGAGCCUGAAGAGAAAAUUGAAGUACCUGUACUCAAAAAGAGACGUGAGGUGCUGCCAUUGGAUAUAACUACUCCAGAAGAAACACCUGCUGCCAAUGCCCCUAGGGAAGAAGUUUCUAGACUGCCACUUCAGAGAGAGGAGAAAGAGUCCUGCCUUAAUAACUUCGAUGAUAACACUGUGCAGUGGGGCCAGCCAGCCUCUUCAGCCAUUCAGCCAGCCAGCCUCUCUCCCCACAAGAGCCCGCCUCUGGAUAUGCAGCCAAAGAAGGAGAAGAAAUGUGUGAAGCUUGUGGAUGGUCCAGCCAAUUCUGAGGCCUUACGUGAACAAAAUGGGAACACCCCCAGCUCUCCCAGGUCAGUGUGUCCUUCUGCCUGGCCGUCAGCAGCCUUCUCCAUCUUUCCUCUUGCUACUGCCUGAGCUGUGCCACGCUGCUCUGUGUUCCUGACUGGUCCAUGCUGCUCUGUGUUCCUGACUGUGCCACGCUGCUCUGUGUUCCUGACUGUCCCACGCUGCUCUGUGUUCCUGACUAUGCCACACUACUCUGUGUUCCUGACUGGUCCACGCUGCUCUGUGUUCCUGACUAUUCCACGCUGCUCUGUGUUCCUGACUGUGCCACACUGCUCUGU